AGGUUGAAAUUCUUGAAAAUGAGAUUAUUCAAGAAAAGCAAAGUCUUCAGAAUUGUCAGAACUUAAGCAAGGAUCUAAUGAAAGAAAAAGCUCAGCUUGAAAAAACAAUUGAAACACUUAGAGAAAAUUCAGAGAGACAGAUUAAAAUACUGGAACAGGAAAAUGAACAUCUGAAUCAAACAGUGUCUUCCUUAAGGCAGCGGUCCCAGAUAGGUGCUGAAGCAAGGGUGAAAGACAUUGAAAAAGAAAAUAAAAUUCUCCAUGAAUCUAUCAAAGAAACAAGUAGCAAGCUAAGCAAGAUUGAAUUUGAAAAAAGACAAAUUAGAAAAGAAUUGGAACAUUACAAAGAAAAGGGAGAACGAGCAGAAGAACUUGAAAAUGAGUUGCAUCGUCUUGGAAAAGAAAAUGAAUUGUUACAGAAAAAGAUAACCAAUUUAAAAAUUACUUGUGAAAAAAUUGAGGCAUUAGAACAAGAAAAUUCAGAGCUAGAAAGAGAAAAUAGAAAAUUUAAAAAAACUUUGGAUAGUUUUAAAAACCUUACUUUUCAGUUAGAAUCCCUAGAAAAAGAGAAUUCCCAACUUGAUGAAGAAAACUUAGAACUCCGAAGGAAUGUGGAAUCCUUGAAGUGUGCGAGUAUGAAAAUGGCUCAGCUACAACUAGAAAACAAAGAGCUGGAAAGUGAAAAAGAUCAACUUAAGAAAGGUUUGGAGCUCAUGAAAGCAUCUUUCAAGAAAAACAGAACGUUUGGAAGUUAGCUACCAGGGAUUAGAUACAGAAAUCAAAGACUACAGAAAGCUCUAGAAAAUAGCAACAAAAAAAUUCAGCAAUUAGAGAGUGAACUACAAGACUUAGAGAUGGAAAAUCAAACAUUGCAAAAAAAACCUAGAAGAACUGAAAAUAUCUAGCAAAAGACUAGAACAGCUGGAAAAAGAAAAUAAAUCAUUGGAACAAGAGACAUCUCAACUGGAAAAGGAUAAGAAACAACUAGAGAAGGAAAAUAAAAGACUUCGACAACAAGCAGAAAUAAAAGAUACCACAUUAGAAGAAAAUAAUGUGAAGAUUGUAAAUUUAGAGAAAGAGAACAAAACUCUAUUCAAAGAAAUUGGUGUAUAUAAAGAAUCUUGUCUUCGUCUGAAAGAAUUAGAGAAAGAAAAUAAGGAGCUUGUGAAAAGAGCAACUAUUGACGUAAAAACUUUGGUUACACUACGUGAGGAUUUGGUGAGUGAAAAAUUGAAGACUCAACAAAUGAACAAUGAUCUAGAAAAGUUAACUCAUGAGCUUGAGAAGAUAGGGUUAAAUAAAGAGCGACUCUUACAUGAUGAACAAAGUACUGAUGACAGUAGGUACAAACUUUUGGAAUCAAAAUUAGAAUCCACUCUUAAGAAAUCCCUUGAAAUAAAGGAAGAAAAAAUUGCUGCUUUAGAAGCUCGAUUAGAAGAAUCUACAAAUUAUAACCAGCAACUGCGCCAAGAACUUAAAACAGUGAAGAAAAAUUACGAAGCACUCAAACAGAGACAAGAUGAGGAAAGGAUGGUGCAAAGUUCUCCUCCAGUAUCUAGGGAAGAUAAAUGGGAAAGAGAAAGUCAAGAAACUACUAGAGAGCUUCUAAAAGUUAAGGACAGAUUAAUUGAAGUAGAAAGAAAUAAUGCUACAUUACAAGCGGAAAAGCAAGCAUUGAAAACUCAACUGAAGCAACUUGAAACACAGAACAAUAAUUUGCAGGCUCAAAUUCUUGCACUUCAGAGGCAGACAGUGUCAUUACAAGAACAGAAUACUACUCUUCAAACACAGAAUGCCAAGCUUCAGGUUGAAAAUUCUACCCUUAAUUCCCAAAGUACCUCACUUAUGAACCAGAAUGCACAACUCCUAAUCCAGCAGUCUUCCUUGGAAAAUGAAAAUGAAUCUAUAAUCAAAGAACGAGAAGACUUGAAAUCUCUCUAUGAUUCUCUGAUCAAAGAUCAUGAAAAGCUGGAACUUCUUCAUGAACGGCAGGCUUCAGAAUAUGAAUCUCUCAUAUGUAAACAUGGAACUUUAAAGUCUGCCCACAAAAAUCUUGAGGUGGAACAUAAAGACCUUGAAGACCGUUAUAAUCAGUUAUUAAAACAAAAAGGACAAUUGGAAGAUUUGGAAAAAAUGCUCAAAAUAGAACAGGAAAAAAUGCUUCUUGAAAGCAAAAACCAUGAGACAGUUGCUGCAGAGUACAAGAAACUGUGUGGUGAAAAUGACAGGUUAAAUCAUACCUAUAGUCAGCUUUUAAAAGAGACUGAAGUUUUACAAACUGACCAUAAAAAUUUGAAAAGUCUUCUAAAUAAUUCUAAACUGGAACAAACAAGAUUAGAAGCUGAAUUUUCAAAACUAAAAGAACAAUACCAACAGCUGGAUAUCACAUCCACCAAGCUCAAUAACCAAUGUGAGUUGCUCAGUCAACUGAAAGGAAAUUUGGAAGAAGAAAAUCGCCAUUUACUAGAUCAAAUUCAGACACUAAUGCUACAGAACAGAACACUACUGGAGCAGAACAUGGAAAGCAAGGAUCUUUUUCAUGUGGAACAAAGACAGUACAUUGAUAAGUUAAAUGAAUUAAGACGACAAAAGGAGAAAUUAGAAGAAAAAAUUAUGGACCAAUACAAAUUUUAUGACCCAUCUCCUCCUAGAAGGAGAGGCAACUGGAUUACACUAAAAAUGAGGAAAUUGAUAAAGUCCAAGAAAGAUGUUAACCGGGAACGUCAGAAAUCUCUAACAUUAACACCUACUCGCUCAGACUCCAGUGAAGGAUUUCUUCAACUACCCCAUCAAGAUAGUCAAGAUAGUUCUUCAGUAGGAUCAAACUCUUUAGAAGAUGGCCAAACUGUGGGGACCAAGAAAAGCAGCACCAUGAAUGACCUGGUGCAGUCCAUGGUCCUAGCAGGACAGUGGACAGGUAGUACUGAGAAUUUGGAGGUUCCUGAUGAUAUUUCAACGGGUAAAAGGAGAAAAGAAUUGGGAGCUAUGGCCUUCUCUACUACAGCCAUCAACUUUUCAACUGUCAACUCUUCUGCAGGCUUCAGAUCCAAGCAGUUGGUUAAUAAUAAAGAUACUACAUCCUUUGAAGACGUAAGUCCACAAGGUAUUAGUGAUGAUUCUAGUACGGGAUCAAGAGUUCAUGCUUCAAGACCAGCCAGCCUUGAUAGUGGCAGAACAUCCACUAGCAAUAGCAAUAAUAAUGCUUCACUCCAUGAAGUCAAAGCAGGUGCAGUUAAUAACCAAAGUAGGCCACAAAGCCACAGCAGUGGAGAAUUUAGCCUGUUUCCUGAUCAUGAGGCUUGGUCCAGCAGUGGUAGCAGUCCAAUCCAGUACCUGAAAAGACAGACCAGAUCAAGUCCAUUGCUCCAACACAAAACUCCAGAAACACUAGAAAGUCGAGCACAUCACAAGAUGAAAACUGGUUCUCCUGGAAGUGAAGUUGUUACUCUACAACAGUUUUUGGAAGAAAGCAACAAGCUUACCUCAAUACAGUUAAAGUCCUCAAGUCAAGAGAAUCUUUUAGAUGAAGUAAUGAAAAGUUUGUCUGUAUCUUCUGACUUUUUGGGAAAAGACAAGCCAGUUAGCUGUGGUCUGUCCAGGUCAGUAAGUGGAAAAACUCCGGGGGACUUCUAUGAUAGACGGACGACUAAGCCUGAGUUUGUGAGACCUGGUCCUCGAAAGACUGAAGAUGCCUACUUUAUUAGUUCUGCAGGAAAACCUAUAGCAGGCACUCAAGGAAAGAUAAAAUUAGUAAAGGAAACUUCUCUGUCACGACAAUCAAAAGAUAGCAAUCCUUAUGCCACUUUACCACGUGCAAGUAGUGUGAUCUCUACUGCCGAAGGAACAACACGAAGGACAAGCAUCCAUGAUUUUUUGACCAAGGACAGUAGACUGCCUAUCUCAAUUGAUUCACCACCACCUACUGCUGAUAGCAACACCACUGCAUCAUCUAAUGUGGACAAAGUACAAGAAAGCAGGAAUUCAAAAAGCAGGUCUAGGGAGCAACAAAGCUCCUAAUUCUGUUACCCACUACAUGACAUGUGGGCCAAGUGAGAGAAAAGUGUCCUUCAGUUUCUCAAUAUGAAGCCUUUAUUUCUGAAGUAACAAGACACCUAGCAACUAUAGGAACCAUUUUUUUAAAAUCUUAAAGGAGACUUUUUAACAAUUCUUCGUGAAUAGAGCAGGCAAGAAAAAACCUUCAUUCCUUCCUUGAAUCAAGGAGCUCUACUGGAUUCAACUGCCAAAAGUUUUAGAAGGUUUUAGGACUUAACUAUACAUUGUAUUUUUGAGCUCUACUGAAUAAAGGACAUUCUCUCACUGAGGACCAAGAGGUCAAGUGUUACAAGAAGUAUUCUAAGAACAAUCUACUUCUUUCAUCAUUUGUUCAUGAAUUUAUCCAUGUUUGCUUAAUGCUAAGUAUUAGCCAAAAUCUAGCCAUUUAUAUUUAGUUGUGUAAAUCUAAAUUAAAUGCUGUAGUAUUUUGUGGAAUGUACUAUAUAUCAAGAUACAGAGAAAAUCUUUUUGGCAUGUCAGAGCCUUUUUUGGUUAGCAGACUGCAUGUGUUGGUACUUUUUUUUUAAGGCCAAUUAUUUUGAUGCACUGCAAAAGAAAUUCAGUUUAUAAAAUACAUCCAAAAAAUCCAUCAUGAGAUAUAAAUUAUAAAAAAAUUAGUGAAAUUAAUCUAUGUUCUCCACUAUGCUACACUAAAUUCAUACAUUGACACAAAAUAAAAGUUUUUCUGAAACAUUUUUUAGUAAGAUGGUUUUCCAACAAAUAGCAUUCCCAAGAAAAAACUGUUAUGUUUUAACUCACUUCACUUCUUUGCUAUUGGUUUAUGUACAUGUUUUUUUAACUUGAGAGCUGAUUAUUGCUUAAGAAGUUUUUUUAUGGCAAAAAAGUGUAAAUAAUUUACUAUGAUCUGCAUUUUGCCAGGGACUCACUUAUUAUUAAGGUUAUCAUUUAUUAAUAAGAAUUUUUCUGUUUUUGUCCUUUAUAAUAUCACAUUAAAGUUGAUAACUGUUAUUGGUACUUUUGAAAUCUUUGUAUGUGUUUGUUACCAUAAACAUUUGGAAGAAGCACAAAAAAAGUAGAUUUAGUUAGCCCAGGGAAACGUCAGUUUUUUUAGUAGUUCCAAUUUUAUAUCACAGUUUUAUUUUCUUAUGAAGUCCAAAAAAUACAUUAUUGCAAGUUCAUUAUUUAACCUAAAUAUCAAAAUAAUCUGAAAUGAGAAAAUACUAUUUUUCACUUUAACAGUACACUUCUUAGGCUCUCGAUACCAGCUCUAAAGAACUUUUUGGAAUAAUUCUGUAUUUCAUAAUGUGUGGUUUGUGAACUAUAUGUAUCAUCACUUACCCAGUUACCAGGAGAAAAGCAUCUUUCUGUCCCUCCCCUCUGUCUGUCUGUCUGUGUCUCUGUUUGGUAGGCCAGUAGCAGAGCUGUUUCUAGUCACCUUUGAAAAGACCAUCAAUAAAAAAGAGACAGCAUGUUUGAUUGACCAGAAAUUUAUAUGAAAGUUAAGAGAGCUUGGAUUUAUUUAACUCAGUGCCACCAUCAAUACUGUAAAAUUAAAUCACUUUGAAACUCUUGGAUGAAAGGUGCUAAGUAAGUAAAUGUAAAUACAAAGGGUUCUCACAGAAAUACAAAUAUUGCACAAUAGAAAUAUUAAAAAAUCUAUUCUCUAGACUUUGAACUAUCUCUGUCCAUCAUGACUCCCUGAAUUCAAGUAUCCAGUUGGUAAAUGUGUAUCAUGGCAGUCUAGAAACACUUGUGAAAAAUGUAAAUUCAUUUUUGGUUGGACAAGUUGAAAGUAAAUGUAGAAUUAUGUGUUAGCUAAAUACAGUAAGUGGGUAACUUAGAUUUAUAUUAACUAGCAUCUAAUUUGCACAACUAGGGCACAUCCCAGGACAGUUAUAAGUUGAAAUUUAAUGAGUGUGAAGGUGACCCAAUAAGGGUGAAUGAUACCAGUUUUGACCUCUCCACAAUACUAAUCUCCUAAUACAGAAAACCUGUGGUGUUAAUCAGCACAUUAGUGCUUCAAAAGAAAAUGCUAAAUGACAGCCUGACGUACUAAAUCAAAGUCAGAUGGCUGAGAAAAGAAGAGGCCAACCAAGGGAACACAUUGAGACAGUAACAUACAAAUAUUUCAAUUAUAUUCAUCACUUUUUUAAUACCAUUUUAAGAAAUGACUAGAUAAUAACUACGUAUUUACCUUCUCCAAAAGCUUCCUUUAGAAGCAAACUGUAAAAAGCCCCUCUUUUCCCUUACAUAAACUUUUGCCAAACAAAAUAGUAAAGCCAACUAGAAACUCACCAGGACUAUUUCAUAUAUUUCAUUACCAGACUUGACAUCCUUUUUGUAAUCUGGCUAUAUUUUAAGUCAAUGCCUAAUGCCCCAAAGAAACUGAAAAACUCAGUAUACAGGGUAACAGCUUCAGUCCAGAGCUCUAGUAAUAUGCUUCAGAUCUGGCCAUGUGGAAAUAUUUUGGUCCAAGUUUUUGAAUGGGUGGUUACCAAGGAGUUCACAAGACAAGUUCUUAUGUAGCACCUUUCAUACAAGGCAUGAUGUAAAAGCCUAUUUAAAAAUCACUGUGCAUAUUACAGAAUUGUAGCCACCUCAUGAAUGAAUACCACAGCCUGUACUGUCUUAACAGUUAUUUCAGGAAGGGAAAACAAUACUGUACCAAAUUUGGAAUUGCAAUGUGGACUAAUAAUGUAUGCUAAAUUACUUUUGUAUUUUAAGUUACUUUUUAUGAGAAAAGUGGUGAAUUGUCUUUUUCUUUUCAGCUACUUAGCCCUGAGAUGUAUUUUUUUUAAGUUUUGAAUAAAUAAUACAAAAGGAGCCCAUUUUAUAAUAUAAAGCUUGAUGUACAUGUUGAGAUAUUUGAACAAUGAAAAUGCCUUAAGAGGAAAAAUGUUUAAUGGAAAAUGUUGCACUUAUAACACCCUUUAACAACCUGAUUUUAAACUGUCUUUCUUUUCUACUAAAGGUUCUCUUUUUCAGUGUUUGCCAUUGUACUUAAUGACUAUUAUUAAAUACCAAAUCAAGUAAUA